GGGUUACUUCCGGCUCGGGGGAGGUAAUCGCGGCGGACAGCGUCAGCGGAGAAGCAGAGGGCGGCUGCUGUCCGCUGGCGGCGGCGAUGGCGGGGGGUGGCGAGAGCGACGCAGACGAAGACGCGGCGGGGACGGUGGGCGCGCCCCCUGCCAUCGACUUCCCCGCGGAGGUCUCGGACCCCAAGUAUGAUGAAUCUGAUGUCCCAGCAGAACUCCAAGUGUUAAAAGAACCCCUCCAGCCCACGUUCCCUUUCGUAGUGGCAAACCAGCUACUGCUCGUCUCCUUGCUGGAACACUUGAGCCACGUUCAUGAGCCAAACCCGCUUCAUUCACAACAGGUGUUUAAAUUACUCUGCCAGACUUUUAUCAAGAUGGGGCUGCUGUCUUCAUUUACCUGCAGUGAUGAGUUUAGCUCUCUGAGAUUACACCACAAUCAAGCCAUCACUCAUUUAAUGAGGUCUGCCAAAGAGAGAGUCCGGCAGGAUCCUUGUGAAGAUAAAUCUUACAUGAAGAAAAUCAGAUCCAGGGAGAUAGCUUUUGAAGCACAGACCUCACGCUACUUAAACGAAUUUGAAGAGCUUGCCAUCUUAGGAAAAGGAGGAUAUGGAAGAGUGUACAAGGUCCGGAACAAACUAGAUGGUCAGCAUUAUGCAAUUAAGAAAAUCCUGAUUAACAGUGCAACAAAAACAGACUGUAUGAAGGUGCUCCGAGAAGUAAAGGUUCUGGCAGGUCUCCAGCACCCCAACAUUGUUGGCUAUCACACUGCGUGGAUAGAGCACGUUCAUGUGGUUCGGCCACAAGGCAGAGCGCCCAUUCAGCUGCCCUCUCUUGAAGUGCUAGCGGAGCACGAAGGGGACAGAGAUCAAGGUGGUGUCAAAGAUAAUGAAAGCAGCUCAUCCAUUAUCUUUGCUGAACUCACUUCAGAAAAAGAAAAACCUCUUGGCAAAUCUGACAUUAAAAAUGAGAAUAACAACCUGGUGAGCUACACUGCCGAUUUAGUGAUCAGGAACAGCAGUGAAUUCGAGUCGUCCGAUGAGCUCCAAGAUAAUGGCUUGACCGAUUUGUCUAUCGGACCAAUUGUCAAGCGUCAUCUGCCGCCGGGGCAUAACUCGGACUUGGAAGGGAAUUCUACGUCCACAGAUGAGUCUUCCGAAGGCCAUUUGAGCCUACUGGAGCAGACAGAGGUUCGGUACCACCUGAUGCUGCACAUCCAGAUGCAGCUGUGUGAGCUCUCCCUGUGGGACUGGAUAGCCAAGAGGAACAAGCGGAGCCGGGAGUAUGUGGAUGAAGCUGCCUGUCCCUAUGUUAUGGCCAGUGUUGCAACAAAAAUUUUUCAAGAAUUGGUGGAAGGUGUCUUUUACAUACAUAACAUGGGCAUUGUCCACAGAGAUCUGAAGCCUAGAAAUAUUUUCCUUCACGGUCCUGAUCAGCAAGUAAAAAUAGGAGACUUUGGUCUGGCCUGUGCAGACAUCAUACACAAGAGCUCAGAUUGGACCGACCGAAAUGGAAAGGGAACAGCAGCACACACAUCCAGAGUGGGGACUUGUCUGUACGCGUCACCUGAACAGUUGGAGGGGUCCGAAUAUGAUGCCAAGUCUGAUAUGUAUAGCUUGGGUGUGAUCCUGCUCGAGCUCUUUCAGCCUUUCGGGACAGAAAUGGAGCGAGUAGCAGUCUUGACAGGCUUAAGGACUGGUCGGAUACCUGAAUCCCUUAGUAAAAGGUGUCCGGUGCAAGCCAAGUAUAUCCAGCUCCUAACGGGAAAGAAUGCAUCGCAGAGGCCAUCUGCUCUUCAGCUGCUACAGAGUGAGCUUUUCCAGACAGCUGGAAAUGUUAAUCUCACAUUGCAGAUGAAGAUAAUAGAGCAAGAGAAGGAAAUUGAAGAACUAAAGAGGCAACUAAGCCUCCUUUCCCAGGACAAAGGACUGCAGCGAUGAGGGAGAUGAAUUAUGCUGUUCACCCGAGAGUGGAAUGACACUCUUAAAGAGUCAACAGGAAUGUAAUCUUCAACCUUUAGCUGGGGACAGAUGGUGUUAUUCUCAAUUGUACUUAGCAAACUUGUGGAAAGAUAUAAAAGGACUCCCAGCUUCCUUUUCUUCAAGGAACCCUUUCAUGACCCCAGGAAACUGACCUGUUCCUCCUAUCCUCUCCACGUUUUGAAUCCUGAAUUUCCUACUUAAAUAUUAAACUUAAGGUAAGGCACCAUUCCCUUACUUUCUUUGACCAUCCUGUCUUCCAGAAGGUUCUACUACAGAAAUCAGUGCUCCUUCCCCCACAGCUGCUUGUCUUCAGGCUGUAUGCCAGCUGCAAGUCUUCCCUGGACCUUUCAUACUGCUGCUCAGGCCAGUUACCAGACAGACACUUAAUCACUCCUUGGCUCAAAACUGGGCUAUGCAUUACCUGGAAGGUCAGAGUUGAGCGUCUUUGCACAGGGCACCAUCCCCAACCUUUCUGUUCCAUCUUUCAGCAUGGCAUCACCCUCAGCUUGCUCCUCUCAAGCUUUGAACUCCUUGCCCUCAAGUGACCUAAGUAGCUGAGAAUCUCAUGUUUUCUGCCUUUAUCUGACACUGUGUCCCAUAAUCCAUUUCCUUUUUAAAGUCCUCAUCUCCCCAACCACCUGAGCAUUCUUCAGACAGCAGUCUCUGAUGCCAUAAAGUGCCUGCCCCUGGCUGGUGAUCAUCUCAGUGCAUUGUACUUGGUUUUACUGAUUUAAAUAAAAUAAAAUCCACAAAUUA